CAGCUGAUUGGAUUGCCAAUUCCGAAAAAAAAAAUAAAAUUUAAAUUAAAAAAAUACAAAAUUUCAGUGCAUUAUGUUUUUCUUAAGAACUUUUCGAAAUAUUUCUAAAUUAACAAAUUCACAAAUUAUCUUUAAUUUCUCUCAAUGUCGUGAACUUCGCAAAAUAACACGGCCUAUUUUCCAAGACGAAAAAUAUGCUGCACGGAAAACAGUUAAAUCGCUUAAAAUCCUAUCGGAUAAUAAUUCAAAACGUAUACAAAACUCCGAUGAACCCGAAGACCAACUUCCAGCACUGCCUAAAGCUGAAAAAAACUACGUGCCAACCUUUAACCUGGCUGCCUCCAUAAACAAAUCCGAAUGUCUGCAAGAACUUAUCAAACUCGGUGUUAAUUUGAAUAGCAUAGAGAAGCGCAAAGGUCUCGCAGAAUUCGUCCUUAAAUUAGACUUCGAGAAAAAUAUCAAACCACAUUUGUUGUUCCUCCAUGACUUGGGUGUCCAAUCAGAACUACUUGGUGAGAUGAUAACAAAGAAUCCCCUGAUCUUUAAGGAGGACUUGGAUGAUCUAGAGGUGCGGAUAAAUUAUCUGCAAGCCAAAAAGUUCAAGGAUCAUCAAAUCACCCGAAUUGUAACAAAGAACCCCUACUGGCUAAUGUUCCCGACGAAGAGAAUAGACAAACGAUUGGGUUACUUUCAGGAGAAUUUCAAACUCAGUGGCGAUGAUGUGAGAUUCUUAGCAUCCAAACAACCAAAACUAAUCACCUAUAGCAUGGAAACUAUUCGAAAAAAUAUGUUCUGCAUAACCGAAGAGAUGGGCUUUGAUUUGGAAGAGUUAAGGUGUCUUCUAUUGAACAAACCAAAGCUAUGGAUGAUGAAUGCUGAUGAACUUAUCGAACGCUUUGCUUAUGUCCACAACGAAAUGAAACUAUCCCAUGAGAUGAUCGUCCAGUUUCCUGAGAUCCUUAUGUCUCGAGAAUUUCGCAUACGAGAACGACAUGAAUUUCUAAAGACUCUUGGUCGUGCUCAGUACGAUCCUCACAAAGAUCUUUACGUUUCACCAAAGUCUCUUGUCUCGGGAAAUGAUCAAGAAUUUGUUACCAAUGUAGCAAAAUGUGAUAUGCGAAUGUACGAAAUGUUUUUGAAGACGAGAUAAAGAUUUUGAAAAAAGUGC